AUGGGCAAGCUUCCGUCACACCUCCUCCCGGCGCGAGCCUCAACACUCCUCGCCGGCAACGCCACCCGACCGACCCUCUCGCCCGCACACAUGACAACCGAGACCGUGAGCAGGACGGGCGGCAGCAGCAGCAGCAGCAGCCAGCAGGUGCGACACGCGACGUUGAUCCACCGGCCCCGGCGCCCCUACACAUUUACGCAGAUGGUUCAGCUGUCAGACGGCAGCACCUACACGGUCCGGACCACGAGCCCGCACGCCAUCUACCGCUCCGCCAAGGACACGCGCAACAACGCCCGCUGGCAGCCCUCGGACUCGUCGCUGCGCAACGUAGAGGUCGACGAGGCCGGAAAGCUGGCAGCCUUCAGAGAGCGUUUCGGUCGCGGCUGGGACGCCGCCAAGAAGGAGGACCCUCGCGCUGCGGCUGCGGCUGACGGAGGUGCUGCUAAUCAGGCUGCGGCUGCUGCUGCUGCUGCCCCCGAGGAGGACUUCUUGGAUUUGACCGACCUUAUUGGAGGAUAUGCCACGGCUGCUGGUAUGGACACUGGUGCAACAGGUAUGAAUGCAAAGGAGGCCGCCAAGGCGGAAAAGGCAGGAAAGAAGAAGGGCAAGAAAUAA